UAUGAGUGCACAACCCGCUGUAUUCCAGCAGCUUCGUAGCAGAUGGUCUCCCCCAUCCCAUUAACAUCCCUCCCCAUUUCCAAUCACGUGUUCCUGCUCACAAUGUCUAGUCUUCAGCGACAAGCCGAACGGUGUCAUGUCCGGGGAGCUGAAGGGCAUCAUCGCCGCUGCCUACUCCCUAGGAGCCAUAAUGUCCCUCCCUUUCAUCGGCAUGGUUAACGAUAGGUUCGGCCGGCGCUGGUCUAUCUUUGGCGGCUCCGCCAUCAUGGUACUUGGCGCCAUCGUCCAGGGCUUCUCCGCCAACGCCGCCAUGUACAUUGUCGCUCGCAUGCUCCUCGGUUUUGGCAUCCCGACCUGUAUCGUGAGCGGCUCGAGCCUGAUCGGCGAGCUCGCAUACCCCAAGGAGCGAGCGGUCUUGACCUCCCUCUUCAACGUGGCAUACUACAUUGGUCAAAUCUUGGCGGCUGGCAUCUGCUUCGGGACGAACAAUUUGGAGGGCAAUUACGGCUGGAAAAUCCCUUCGUGGCUCCAGAUGUUCCCUUCGCUGCUGCAGAUGGCCUUCAUCUUCUUCAUCCCCGAGAGCCCCAGGUGGCUCAUCACCAAGAACCGCGAGUCCGAGGCCUUCCAGAUCCUGGCCCGGUACCACGCCGAGGGCUCUCACGACUCAGGCUUCGUGCGCGCAGAGUUCGCGCACAUGAAGAAGACGAUCCAGCUCGAGCUCGACAACUCCCGCCGCUCCUACGCGGACCUGUUCGCCACGACCGGCAUGCGGCGGCGUGUCAUCGUCUCGGCAGCCAUGGGCGUCUUUGCGCAGUGGAGCGGCAGCUCCCUCAUCUCGUACUACCUCGGCGACCUGCUCGACAUGAUCGGCCGCACCGACUCGGUCUUCAAGCAGCAGAUCAACCUCUCCAUCGCCUGCUGGAGCCUCGUCUGCGGAGCCGCCGUCGCCCUGCUCGCCCGCCGCUUCCGCCGCCGGCCCAUGUUCUUCGUCUGCGCCGGCGGCCUGCUGUGCGUCUACGCCGCCUGGACCGUCGCCAUGGAGCGCGCCGUCACCGCCCGCGCCGCCGGGAGCCCGGACCCGGUGGCCAACGGGGCCGUGCUGUUCUUCAUCUUUGCGUACAAGCCCUUCUACGCCAUUGGUCACAACGCCAUAACCUACACUUACCUGGUCGAGAUAUGGCCCUUUGCCCAGCGCUCCCGCGGGAUCGCCUGGUACCAGCUCUUCAGCCGCACGGCCGGUUUCUUCACCACCUUUGUCAACCCCAUCGGCCUCGAAAGCAUCGGCUGGAAGUACCUGAUCACGUACUGCUGCAUCUUGGCCUUUGAGCUUGUCUUUAUCUACUUCAUGUUCCCCGAAACAUCUGGGCGAACCUUGGAGGAGCUGGCGUUUUUGUUCGAGGACAAGUCUCUCGCUGAACAGGCCAACCUUGCUGCCGAGAGGGUCGCAGAAGGGGCUUCGACACAGCCGGCUCUGGAUGGCCAAAACCAUCACCCGCUUAGACACAAGCGAACAGGCGAGAGCUCUGACGCAUAGGUGUUUGCAGUAUGCGUGCCGGGAAGAUCAGAUCCAAGGGCCGGGGUUCAAGAAGAUAUUCCUUGGUUCAAGCUUUGGAGCUAGAUUUGGAGACAUGUCAAUGGAAUAGUAGCAUUAGACUUGGUUAGACCUUUUAUAGAUUUGCUUGUGUGUGGCAUCCUUAUCUUUGGCCC